GGGGAUCAAGCGUAAAGGUGUCGUAAGCCACGCCGUCCUCUGCACCGCCUCCCUCCUCAAUAGCGAGGGAGGAAAGGCACUGAAGAGAUUUCCACCGGGCUCAGCGUCUAAAUUUUCUCUCACGUGUAAAGCACGUGAAAGUUGAACGGGUUUACUUUACGAGCUUGAUUCACCCCCCGUUCCCAAACUCCGACAGCCAUGAAAUGGCUCACCAGCGGCACCCCUCCUUCCCACCGACCUGGCCCCGCUUCCCGCCAGCCAUUCUCGCCGUCCUCGCCGUAAGCCUCGCCCUCUUCUACACCGCCUCCCUCCUCCUCCCCCACUCCCCCUCCUCAAACUCCACAAACCAUCGCCGCCCUCCUCCUCCCCCUUGCGGCGGCGCCGCCACCGACCUCGCCGCUGGCCGAUGGGCCCGCGAUCCCCUGCGUCCGGCUAGAUCCCUCUACGAUGGGACCUGCUCCUUCCACCGGAACGCGUGGAACUGCCUCCGGAACGGGCGGGAGGGCAUAGAGUCGAUCAACUCGUGGGCCUGGUACCCCGAUCGCUGCGGAGGAGAAGCUAUUCCUCGCAUCGACCCCGAAGCCUUCUUGAGCUUCAUGAGGGGCCGGCGGAUCGGGUUCGUGGGGGACUCGCUGAACGAGAACUUCUUGGUGGCGUUCCUCUGUGCGCUGAGGUCGGCGGAUGGAGGGGCGCGCAAGUGGAAGAGGAAGGGGGCGUGGAGGGGUGGGUACUUCCCCAAAUUCGAUGUCACCGUGGCCUAUCACCGCGCUGUGCUGCUCGCCAAGUACACGUGGCAGCCUGCGGAACACUCAACUAACCAAGAUAAAAAAGGAGUGAAGGGGAUCUAUAGAGUAGAUGUUGAUGCUCCAGCUGCUGAUUGGGUCAACAUCACAAAGUUCUAUGAUGUUCUGAUGUUCAAUACUGGACACUGGGUGAAAGAGUUGACUCAUCAUCAAUUUGUAAGGUGGGGCCCUGAUAAAUUUCCAACAGAGACACCACUUGUUUUCUACAGGGGAGGAGAGCCAAUAGAUCCACCACUUGGGAUCUUCGAUGGACUUAAAGUAGUCCUUCAGAGCAUGAUCUCUUACAUAGAGAAGGAAGUCCCCAAAAAAACCAUCAAGUUCUGGCGUACUCAAUCUCCUAGGCACUUUCAUGGUGGUGACUGGGAUCGCAAUGGUAGCUGCUUAUUCAGUGAACCCCUGAGAAAAAAUGAGCUUGAUUCAUGGUUUGAUCCCAGGAAUAAAGGAGUAAACAAAGAAGCAAGGGAAGUGAAUUCUCUUGUCCAACAGGCAGUAUUUGGUACAGACAUAAAGCUGCUCAACUUGACUCAUCUAAGUGAGUUCAGAGCAGAUGCUCAUCCAGCAGUCUGGUUGGGAAAGAAGGAUGCUGUGGCAAUCUGGGGCCAGGACUGCAUGCAUUGGUGUCUUCCUGGUCUGCCUGAUAUUUGGGUUGAUGUCUUGGCAGCACAAAUCCUAUAUAAUAUGGAAGCAGGGUGACAUGUUGCUGAAAGGUUAAGAGUCCUCACUCUGCAAUUCCUCAUUCAAGAAUAUCAUCAAUCUCCCAUUGCAAAUUGCAGGAACUAUUCCCCUUCUUUUUAAAUCAGCUAAAAUUGAGUGUUCUUGGCAGUUCUUUCAAGGGUAUUUUCAAGAGGAAACAAAUGUGAAAUUCAUGAUGCCAACCUUUCCUCCUACUUCCUUUAUGAAACUGAUGGUGAUAUUUUUUUGGCAAUGGGCCAGCUAUAUUGUUGAAUAGCUCAGGAUAUGUUCUGCAGUACAACAAAUUCAGCCCAAUAGCCUGAUGGGACUGAGGAGAACUUGCUAAAAGGGCGUGAACAAUGAUGACAGGGAAACCUUUUCCAUGGGUUUACCAAAAUUAGUCUUUUGCUCUAGUAUAGGUUUUUUUUUAUUUUUUAUUCAUAUGUUAUAAUAGAACAAUGCUUUAUUUUCUUGUACCUCAUAAAAUGAUGGCAGGUUUUUAGAUUUGUGACUCUUCUAUCGUAUUAUAUGAUGCACCGAUUAAAGUGUCA